GCCGUUAGGAGAGCAUUCGGCAUCAGCUGUUCAACACUGGUCUCUCAUUGCUGGAAGUCGGGCUGAAUCAGUCACAUGACAGAACUGGAGGCUGAGAUCUAGAGAAAAAGGCACAGCAUUUCGGCUUGCACCGCCAUACUGUAUUUUGAGCCAUAUCACAUUUUUAUUGCAACAUUUUACUCCCGCUCGGUGAGUACAUUUCCAAUGGCUUUUUUGUAAGCAUUUUUUUGUCUUUUUAAUUACCCCUUUUUUGUUUUUCCUCCUUUUGCUGGUGUUUGAAAUGAGCAUUGACAUGGUGGUUUUGAGCGUUUUUCACAUCCAGGCUUCAAGUUUUUAGCAUGCAGUUAUUCUGAUCGAGGGUGCCAAGAGGGUAAACGGGUGCGUUAUUGGGCUUGGAGAAAGCCUUUACUUGCUUGCAGUUUUGUUUCGGGGGUCGAAACCAAGCAGGUUUUGUCAGUAUUGAGAUUUUUCAAACAUUUAUUGGUGGUUUUGAAACAUUUUUAUUUUUUGUUUCUGUCGACUUUUGCUGUUGCUGUGCUUUGGUUUGCAUUUUGCAGUGUUGUUUGUAGCCUUCGAGUUUUGUGAUUUUGAUGUCUCGGGGAAUCCCACCGAUCAAACCUUUGCUUUUACUUUGUUCCUCUUUUCUUUAUGAAGGAGUCAUUUUUAAACCCGAUGACGUUUUAACGUGGUACUUUUCUUGCAGCUGAGCUCACAGGUUUGUUGUUUUUGUGUUUCUCUUCCUUUUUUUUUUCGAUUUCAUUAUACUUUUGCUGAUAGCAGUGUCAAAUAUUUUUGGAUGUAUCAUUUUUUUGAAUAGAUGAUGCUGGGUGGACAAGGGGAGUUUUGAUUCUUGGGGGAGUUCAAUGCGUUUUUGUUUUCUGUAUCGCCGAGGAUGAACAGACAUUCUCCUUUUGCAGGAGGGCAACCGGAGGAGAAUGACUGGUAAGACUCAGACCAGCAACGUGACCAACAAGAAUGACCCGCGAUCCCUCAACUCCAGAGUCUUUAUCGGCAACCUCAACACAGCCAUCGUCAAGAAGACCGACAUAGAGGUCAUCUUUGCCAAGUAUGGGAAAAUAGUGGGUUGCUCAGUGCACAAGGGUUACGCCUUCGUACAGUACAUGAGCGAGAGGAACGCCCGUGCGGCUGUGGCAGGGGAAAAUGCCCGCAUCAUAGCCGGACAGCCUCUCGACAUAAACAUGGCGGGCGAACCGAAGCCAUACAGGCCUAAGGCAGGAUCCAAACGGCCGCUCUCAGCUGUUUACAGUGGUUAUGAAUUUGAUUAUGAGUACUACAGAGAUGAUUUCUACAGCAGGCUUUUUGACUACCACGGCCGAGUGGCCCCCCCACCCAGGGCUGUGAUCCCUCUCAAACGCUCCAGGGUGCUUGCCCCCACCUCCCGCCGUGGGAAGACCUCCUUCCCCAUCAAAACCUCCUCUUCUACCUCCUCAUCAUCCUCCAGACCUCCCACCUCAUCAUCCUCUUCUGGGCUCAAACCAGUGAAGACAGACCAGCUUCAGACCAUUAAACGGGAGCUGACUCAGAUCAAGAUGAAGAUCGACUCUCUGCUGGGACGCCUGGAGAAGAUCGAGAAGCAACAAAGAGCCGAGUCUGAGGCUCAAAGAAAGUAUGAGGACAACUGUGACUCCCUGCAUGAGGAGUCUGUGUCGGAGACGGCAGAAAACUCUGGGGAGGAGGCUGGUGAAGGGGCGCUGGACGUGGAGGCAGGAGAGAUGACCGAUGGAGGCGAGGAUGACUACGAUGAGGAGGGCAGCCACCAUCUGAUAGAGAACCAUGUAUCGGACAUUGACAACUGAGGCCAGGGUGAGGGAGCAGACAUCCCAGUCUGUGGUAUAAGAAUUCAUCAUCACCUUCAGGAGACAGGAAAGGAUCUCUGAGGGAUCAAGCUACCCAUUCUGGACUUUAAGUUGUGUUCAGGAGACGUUGAGUCACAUUUAAAUGCCCAACUGUGCAGCACAAACUGAAUGUGAUGUGCUUUCUAAAGAAGAUGUAUCCAAGACCUAUUCCAAUGCAUUGGCCUGAGUUUAACUCACGGAUAUUCUGUGCAUCUUACAUUUCAUUGCAAGAGGCUGACAACAUCAUAAACUAUUCUUGUCCCUGACUGAGAGACAAAAUAAAAGAAAUGAGGAAAACAUGUUUUUUGUUGGCUUUUUUUUGUUUUUGUUUUUGUUUAUUUACUAUAAAUCAAAAUAUGUUCUUAGGAAACGAGCAUUGUUGUUGAUGAUCUAUUGUCGCUGCUUUUUUAAAUGUGUUUGCUCUGUAAUUUCACAAAUUGUUUUCCAUUAAAUUUUGUUGUGAUUAAAAAAAAAAUCAAAUGAAUAAAUGACAGUUCAAUAAUCUGCAAUCCCACUAUGAUAUUCAGAAAAUGAAUGGAACAUCGGUGCUGGCUGCUUCGGACUUAACUCAUGCAUAAGCCUAUCGCUGUGAGCAUUAACUUUAUCCAGCUUAUCCAUUUAUCACACGAAUGCCCUGUGGGGCUGUUCCAUCAUAUAUUCCAACUCCUGCCAAGUUUCAAAAGCAGAAAGGGCUUCCUGUGGUAGCCAGCCAACACUGGCAAAGGCCUCCUGCCAGGGAGCAGUGCCCUACGUCUCAAUGCACUCUUCCCUGCUCAGCCUGUGCAUCCCAACAUGAACUGCGGCUGUUAAGGAGCCAACGCCCUUUCUCAGUCUCCCUCUCCAUCUCCCUCUGCAUUCUGCACUGAUUCCACCUUAUUUAGGCGAGGGAGGGAGAUUUUUUGAAAACAUGGAAGUCGUAUUAUUUUAGGCCGGUCUGCUGAAAGGCUUUUUAAAUGCCCCAGGUGUGCGAUCCAUGAUCCAGAUCUUUUAAAUCCAGGCAUGAAAAGGGAACACUCUAACGCUACAUGACGGCUUACAUUACCUUAAAGCUGCACUUUGUAAGAUUUUUAUGUAAAAAUGCACCCGUCUUUUCAGCCUAAAUGACAAAAUGGGGCUACACUAGAGAAGAGCAUCCCUUCCCCGUUAACUAAUAUGUAGAUUCGCUCUAUUUGCCCAAAUGAAAUUCCGGUGGCAGCUAUGGUCACAUUUCCACCUGCAGAAAAAGCGACAGAUCAAACUUGAGAGUGGAAGAUAAACUGUUUAAACAGCAGUGAGUGAGCUCAAGUUUUUGCCUUUGGUAUCUUUUGGUAUUAAGCGUCACAGACUGGACUGAUUGGCAAACAUCAACAGCAACAAUCAGGCUGUGCACAGUUUACUGACAUCACAUUGCAGGAUUUCUGGGUAUUAAAGUUAAGAGUUUUCAUACAGUCACCUCUUGUUGCCAUUUGGAGUCCUAUUGAAUUGCUGCAAAAGUGAAUUACAGCCCUUGAGUCGCUGAAUGUCAGCAUGUUCUAUUAAUGAAUUCAUCAUUCACAACACGUUUGCCCCAAAUUUGAUCCUUUUGUUCCUCCUUUUGUUGAUAUGCAUCAGUCGAAUCAAGUGAUGCAAUGUUGUUGAUAUUUUAAAUAAAGACAUACUUUCUUUGGGGAGGGAAAGUCACCUUGCACAAAUGUUCCUAGAAUUCAAAAAAGUCAUGAAAAUCCACCCUGGCAGCACUGCCUCCACAGGAAAAAAAAAAAAAAAGAAAAAAAAAAAGCUGACUUUCCUGCAGCUCAUUCAAAAUACGUGUCUGGUUAAUGAUAAUAAUGUGUAAUAUUUAGCACUAUUUUUGUAUUCAAAAACAUAUUUGAGGAAAUGGCUCUGCUACAUGUUUAUCUUUUUUGCUGGUAGCCUGUUAUUUAAUGAACAGUAUGGUGAUGUGUCAAAUGUUUUGCAAAAAUAAAAAAAAUAAUAAUUAAAAAAAAACAAAAAAAAAAAAACAUCCCAUUGCUUUUAACUGUUGUAUUUUGAUCAGGUCACUUCAGAACAUUUUCACCCUUACCUGUUAUUAUUUGCACUGUAAAUACUACUUUACCACAAUUAUUUCAAAUACCUAGUAGAUUACCUAGAAAAAAAAGAAAAGAAAUUUUAUUAAGUUGAAGAAAAUGUUCAACUAAUAGGGGACAAUAUGUUGGAAUUGUUGCAGAUGAUCCCAUUUGUUUGAACCAGAGUCAUGCUUGUGUUGGGAUUUGACAUGGGGCUUGUAGAGAUGUGUAACUGACAACUGUUGUAUAGAAAUGUACAUUUUUUUGUAAAGAUAUUUUUAUCAAAGGCAUGUUUAUUGUAUCUUUGUAUUUUAAUUUAAUGUACAAUACAGUAUAUUCCAGCUGUUGUAAGGCUAUAGAACCCAUCGCCUAAACUGAAAUACAAUGACAUGUCAUUGUAGAGAAUUAUUUGUGUUCUUAUCAGUCAAUAAAAUUGUUUGUGUGAUUUA